AUGUCUUGUGUCACACAGGAGGCAUUGUCAUCUGUCCGCGAAUUCGCGUUGGGGAUCUUAAGCGUUCCCAUUAAUUUGCCUCCAUUUUUCUUCAACAGGCGGAAGGGAACGCACAUCAAGUGGUCUAAAAUUCCUAAUUUUGAAGGGAUUCGCGGAAUUUCGGGUCAACAAAAAUUGGUGAUAAAUUUGGAAGGAAUUGUAAAUUUAUGCUCAAGUGCGGUCACAAGAAAGCCACAAAACAUUCAAAUAAUUAUUUUUGGAUCGAAUGAAAAUUUAUUUGAAUUCUCAAACCCUGAGGAUACAAUAUAUGGCAACUAUAGGAUAUCAGAGAUUGCUUCGGAGUAUUAUGGAUAUAUUGCGAAAGAGAAGGAUUCAACUCAAUACAACCUGGCCACAAUUUGCAAUGUGCCAGUCAUUGAUAAUUCAUUCGCUUGUUCGGUCCUCGUCACUUUUCCAUUGGGUAAUGAUGAUUGCAG